CGGAACUUUAGUGCGACCGUAGCUUAGUACCAGUGGGACAACGCACCGUGCAACUGUCCGAUAAAAAAAAAUAAAAACACGACAAAAUGUAUAAAACGUUUCGGUGUACUCAUAUCCAUAUUAGUCUCGUGUCGUGGGUGUCACAGUGAACAUUAUUAUAUUAAAAUAAUAAUUAACCAAUAAUAAAUAAAUCGAUUAACAAUACAUAAUAUUUCGCGUAAAUAAAUAAACAAUAAGUGGUAUAAAUUUAAAAAAUAAGUUUUGACAUAAAUAAAAAAAAUGUUUGCGAUCUUAGUGUUGUUUGUGGUCAGUUUUGCAGAUGUAACUCUGCAAGCUGAAUGGACCUACAGCCACCAAUCCGCUUGGCCAGGAGUAUGCACCGCAGGUCUGGGUCAGUCUCCGAUCAACAUUAUGACUCAGGACGCGAUAGUGGACAAGCACCACGCCCACAUCCGCGGCCCUCUGGUCUUCCGAGGAUACAACGAUGUGGCGCUGUACGGAUCCAAUAAUGGACACACAGUGAAAUGGUCUGGAGUGGCUGGUGGUCCGGCACCGGUUCUGUCUGGUGGUCCUCUCAGGGGCAACUACACGUUCCUGCAGUUCCACUUCCACUGGCUCUCCGAACACGCCAUUGAUGGAAUGAAAUACCCUCUGGAAGUCCACAUGGUGCACAUCAAGACUGGUCUGACCCUCGACGAGGCUCUGGCGCGAGCUGAUGGACUGGCAGUCAUUGGAGUCUUCUUUAUGAUGCACAGAGGAUACGGCAGUGACCGUGCUCUGGAGGAGAUCAUUCCAAUGAUGCCCUACAUCGUCAACAGCUCACAGAACAACACUGAGCCACGAAGAAUUGACAUCACACGACUGCUGAGCAGUGAGCCUCAGUCGUACUACACGUACCACGGCUCUCUCACCACUCCCUUGUGCCAGGAGGUUGUCACCUGGAUCGUCAUGGACAAACCGAUCUACAUUUCUCCUGACCAGUACGCACUAUUCACCAAGGUCGAUGUAGGCGGAUACUACAACUACCGAAGCCUUCAGCCCAGGAACAACAGAGUGGUGUACCGCUCCAUAGCCUCCUGUGCUUCCAUCUUAGCUCCCACCCUCCCAGGAACCCUCAUCAGCCUCUUCUCUUGCCUCUCUACCUCCCUUGCUGCAGGAGUCAACAAGGGUGUUGGAGCAUUCUUAAACAUCAAGCGGAAAAUUUUCGGAGCCCCUGUCAAGAAUUGCGUGAAGGCAAAAUAAUUAUGGUCUUGUAUAACAUUAUCUACAGGAUUUAAAGGUAAAUGUGCUAGAAUGUGUGGUUUAAAAGUGCUUAUGGAAUAAGGUCUAUAGACCAAUAUCUAUUGGUCGUCCAUUAUAAAUGGUCUAUAUGCUUGUAAUUGUUGCUACGAAUACGUACACUUAGCGACAUUUACAAGACCCAUAGCACUUUAAUCGCUUAGAGCGCCACCUAGGAAGUGCAAAAACAAUCCAUAGUUGCCAGAAUAUUAUAGUUUAUUUAUUAAGCUGCCAAAUUAAGUUAGUAGAAGUAGCGUUGAAGAUUGGAAGAUGUAGCAAACUUCUUAAAUGAAAUGUUAUCUAUUUUGAAAGUGCCAUAAAUCUCUUACUAAUGAGAAGUUUUGCUAUAUUUUACAGCAUGCAUAUCGAUAUCUUAAUUGACAAACCAGCUAACUACUUAUGAGCAAUUUUUUCAGGAGACACUUAACUCUAUCAUAAUUUUAAUUUCAUAGUAAGUAAACAAAAGAAAAAAAAAUGUCGAAAUGUGAAGUUGUCUGGUUUGCCAAAUAAAGGUAUUGAUAUGGGCUAUGAAGAAAUAGAUUUAAAAUUAUUUCUAGGUAGAAUUAUUCGACAAUUUUAGGCAAACGAAGUAGAUAUUUAACAACCAAUUAUCUCAAAAUUUUAGACUUCUUUAUGAAAAGUAAUCAUUAUUGUCGAUCAGUGAUAUCGCUAACGAUACAGAUAUGCUAAAUUCAGGAGAUUUAUUAUAGCAGAAUGUAAUCUCAAUAUAAUUAUAGAGAAAUAUUUGCUAUCGAAACCUUAUCACUGAUUUCUAGUCAUCAGCAAUAUAGAUUACGCAGUCUCGCUUACAAAUGCACGCGUCGAUUAAAAUCUUAAAACAUACAAAAUUGGUUUCUAAGAUCACUCUUUUCGAUUAUAAUGUAAUUAGUUCUGGAUUAGAACAGUUAUUGUUCCGCGUUUCAGUGUGAUUUAAAACAAACCUUGAUUUGGGCUAUGUUAUCUGUUUGACUGAGAGAUUGGCGUGUCGCGAGUGAGAUUUUUUGCAUGAAAAUAUUAUAAUUAUUGAUUCAAAGUUAGGGUGAAAUAUGAACCAUAACACUUUAACUGCCAACAAAAAUCUGUUGAAGGCAAAUCCUCUGCUAACGCCGGUCACUUACUUUUGCCCCCCAUGUCGUUUAAUGGGUUAAUAAGCAAAAAAAAAAGAUCUAUCGGACACUCUUCAAACAGCGGCAGAAACAUUAGACCUGAAAGCCAAAAGCCAAAGUAAUUGUUUAGGAUUUAAGACCCAAUAACUAAACACGUUAAGAUCGGUUUUAGAAUACCAAUACUCGAUUCUCCAACCACGUGCAUACAACUAUGAACUUCUUUAAAAAAAUGAUUAACCCUAGAAAG